AUGGCUCAAGCUCAGUUUCAAUUCUUCGAACAAAUGUUCGGCGGCGGGCAGCAACAUCCAGGUCAUCGCCAGGGCUCUCAGAAUGUCCCGAGUGAUAGCGGUCGCUAUCAGCAAAUGUGGGCACAAGCGCAAUGCAGCAACUACCUCUGCCCUGGCACACUCGCCUGCGUGGCCGUCCCUCAUCAUUGCCCAUGCGCCCACCCCGAUGUCGAAGAGAAAGUUGAGUUGGGCGAAGGGAGCGCAAUCUGCGUCUCCAGGGGUGGAUUUAAAGCCGGCGAGGCGACUCGAAAGAUUGAGCUGGCUCGCAAGGGUCUCCUCUAA